GUUGAAAAUUAAUAGUACAAAAAUGGGUCAAAUUGUAUGAACUUGUACAAAGUCAGAGAAUAUGAGCUCCCAAAAGACUCCUCCAGGUAGCUCUAAGCACGAAGAUGAGCAAGAGCUUGAAAGGAAUUAUACCCAAUUGCCUUUGUUAAGGGCUAAAACUCCUGUGGGAUCUGUUAAGAAAAAGAAAAUUAAAUUUAAUGAUUGACACGUUUCAGCUAGGCUUGACUCGACCAAAGAUAGCCAAUCUGGGAAGAAAGGUAGUCCUAUUAAGUCUCCUGCACAGAAGAAAACAACUUCAAGGUUAUCCUUUGGUUCCUCCCUCAAGCAAGAAGAUAUUUCCAAGGUAUACAGUAUAGGGGAAAUUUUAGGAGCUGGGAAAUUUGGUACCGUACGUCUUGCGUACCCGUACUCUAAUCCUCACCUGAAAUACGCUGUUAAAAGCAUUCCAAAAUAAUUCAGAAAAUAUUAUUUUUGGAAAACAUGAGUUUAGAAGAGAGCUCUCGAUUUUAAAAAGAAUCGAUCACCCAAAUAUUAUAAGAUUUAAUGAAACUUACCAAGAUGAACAUUACUACCAUAUUGUCACAGAGUACUGAAAAGGAGGCGAACUCUAUGAGAAAGUAGACCAACUUGGAAGCCUUUUAGAGGAAGAUGCAAAGUGCAUCAUACAAAAGCUACUUUAUACGGUUGAUUACCUUCACAAGCAAGGGAUUUGCCAUCGAGACCUCAAGCCUGAGAACAUUUUGUUCUACAACUUAGAGCACGACUCAGAAAUAAAAUUAAUUGACUUCGGUCACAGUGCAGUGAUUAAGGAAGAAGAAAAAUUUAGAAGCAGAUGAGGGACUCCUCUCUACAUCGCUCCUGAAGUCCUUGAAGGAGAAUACGACCAAUCCUGAGACCUCUGGAGUAUAGGAGUUAUUACUUAUUUACUCCUUUCAGGGAUACCUCCUUUUAUAGAUGAUUCCUAUGAGAAGAUCUUUGCAAAGAUUAAAAUUGGAAAAUUUGCAUUCGACGGUGACUAUUGGAAAGGAAUUUCUGAAGAGGCUAAAGAUUUCAUCACAAAGCUCCUUGUAGUUGAUCCGAGUGAAAGGAUCACAAGCAAAGAGGCCAUUAAUCACAAGUGGAUCAAAUCCGAUCAAAAGAAGUUAAGCUUAAAAACUCUUUAUAAAUUAAAAAGGUUAGGAAACUGUGAUCCACUGAAGCUAAAAUUUCUAUCAAUCGCUCCAAAUAUGAUCAAAUCAGACCAGAUCAAUAAGACAAAUUUAACUUUUAAGGCAAUAGACUAUGACAAUUCCGGAUGGAUUAGUAAGGAAAAGAUUAAGCAUGUGCUUGAGAAAUAUGGUUAUAUCCAAUACUCUGAAAAGAUUUUAUCAGAGUUUGAGUUCAGAGACGACUUUAAAAUACCUUAUAGUUUAUUUGCGGGAGCCAUUUCUGAUGAGAUCCGCCUUAAGGAUUCCUUAUACACAAUAUUUAAUUACUUUGACGUGGAAAACAAGGGCAGAAUCACUCCUGGCAACCUCAAAAAAGUGUUUCGUCGGAAGAACAUUACUAUAUCCCCAGAUGAGAUGGCUGAAAUACUUCCUUGAUUCAAUCACGAAAAAGAAAUAAAAUUUUCACAAUUCAAAGCUAUAUUAUUAACAUAAUUUUUGACAAUUUUUCUAUACUACA